AGUACUUGAUAACGGAGUCGAUUUGUCACAAAGGUCGCCGCCGGCCAACCCAGCACUAUCACUGCAAACUUCGAAGCGACAAACAUGUCCCUCCCGUCUCCAAUUGAAAACCCAGAGGUUAAAUUCACCCAGAUAUUCAUCAAUAAUGAAUGGGUAAAUUCUGCCAGCGGGAAGACUUUCCCCACCAUCAACCCAUCAACAGGUGAGAAGAUAUGUGAUGUCCAGGAGGGAGACAAGGCUGAUGUUGAUAAGGCGGUAAAGGCAGCACGAGAGGCCUUUAAACUGGGGUCACCAUGGAGACGUUUGGAUGCGUCCAAGAGAGGGGUACUUCUGAACAAACUGGCUGACCUGGUAAUGAGGGACAUGGUGUACAUAGCGAGCCUGGAGGUGAUGGACAAUGGCAAACCGUUCACAUACGCCAUCGGCGACAUGUACUUCACCGAGUCAAUACUCCGGUACCUCGCAGGUUGGGCAGAUAAGAAUGUUGGACAAACUAUUCCCGUUGAUGGUGACCUGUUUGCCUACACUCGCCACGAGCCUAUCGGAGUUUGCGGUGGAAUCAUUCCAUGGAACUUCCCUCUCCCAUGCUUGGCCAUGAAGUUAGCCCCGGCUGUGGCGUGUGGGAACGUGUGUGUUAUAAAGCUUGCGGAACAGACACCGCUAACCGGGCUCUACCUGUGCUCUCUGAUAAAGGAGGCCGGUUUCCCUCCUGGAGUUGUGAACAUCAUUCCUGGAUACGGCCCAACUGCUGGCGCUGCUAUAUCGGAGCACAUGGACGUGGACAAAGUGGCCUUCACUGGGUCAACUCAGGUUGGCCAGUUGAUUAUGGAGGCAGCUGCUAAGUCCAACCUGAAGGGUGUUACUCUGGAACUGGGAGGCAAGAGCCCUUGUGUUGUGUUUCCUGAUGCUGAUUUGGACAUGGCCAUCCAGCGAAGCCACGAUGGACUGUUCUUCAACUCGGGACAGGUGUGUGUCGCCGGCUCCAGGACAUUUGUACACGAGGAUAUCUACGAUGAGUUCGUGAAACGAUCCACUGAGCUCGCCAUUAAGAGAAAUGUCGGAAACCCCUUUGAGAAAACCACUCAGUCCGGACCACAAGUAUGCAGUUGCAGUUUCGUCUCAAACUUCGGUUUAGGCAUCUUCCUAGGGACGGGCCCUGCCUGGAUGCUGUACAAACUGCACGCGGAACAGUGGACUGUUGGUGUGGUACUGGCAGUUGCCGUCUUCUUCCACCUCACUGCCCAGUACAUUACGGGGGCAUACUCUAUGCGGUUUGGAAGGUGGUUAUUUUGCAUGGUGGGUCUUAUGCUUUCUGCCAUUGGAAUGGGGGUGUAUCCAUUUGUCAGCAAUGUGUGGGAAGUCCUGGGCCCCGAAAUCAUUGUCCGCAUUGGUCAGGGAACAGUGCUCAGCGUUAUAAGUCCACUCCUUGGUCAUCUGGCGGACAUCCGGCACCACGGCAACUACGGUGGAGUAUACGGUCUUUAUACUACGUCUUAUAACUUAGGAUUAAGUAUAGGGCCAGUGUGUGGUGGUUCUUUAGUAAAAGUGCUAACUUUUGACUGGUUAUACCGCGUUACUGCAGUCAUAAUGUUUCUCUACGCUUUCACCUCGCUGGCAUUCCGUGACACGCCUGCCGUCCAGCAAGGAAGCCCACCCAAACAGCCAAGAAAGGGAUACGGUGCAAUCGACAAGAGUAUCAACUAAUUUAUUCGACCUGUAGUAUCCCCAUAAGAUUCUACCACGUGGAG